AAGUAAACAAAAUCCUAAAAACAUUGAAAAGAUGAUCGCAUGACAAGUCUAUGGUCUGAGUGGGAUGCAGCAGCUGUAGGAUGUCUAUGUGGGAUGAGACUCCCACAACCCUGACAGUGUUUGGACCCCUGAGCUCAGAGGUGUCUGAAGGAGGAAAUCUCUUCACCAGACUCUGGAAAAGAAGUAAAGAUGACGCGUCCUCCUCUCGAGGAAGCAGCCAGAAGUCCUCCCGUGACCCUUCUGUAGAUAGGGAGCUCAUCAACAGACGACUGUCUGUCACUCCGAGGACGGUCCACCCUGAGGUGACCGGCGUAGUAACAGAAGUACCCAAUGACAGUUUGAGUGUGGCAGUAACUGAGGUGGAGCACCAACAUGGCGAUGCUGACAGGACGCUGUCUAGUGUUCUCAACCGACUCAGUAACAUCUUGGAGCGUCGACCCACGACACCACAGGCGUACCGUGAUAGUGACUUCAAGCAGUUCUGGAUGCCAGACAGUAGUUGUAAGGAGUGUUAUGACUGCGGUGACAAGUUUACUACAUUCCGAAGGCGACAUCACUGUCGUAUCUGUGGCCAGAUCUUCUGUAGUAAAUGCUGCAACCAAGAACUUCCUGGGAAGAUCAUAGGUUACAAAGGUGGUAUACGAGUCUGUACGUAUUGUGGGAAGGUGGCCAUGAGUGCUCUGCAGAAUGAGCCAUCAACUGGUGAUUUGAGGGUCGAGCGGGAGGACCUUCGUCUGUCAAUGGAGUACUCCGAUUCUGGGGGUCCAGUCGGGGCAAACAGUAUCUGGGGCUCUAGCAUGAAGCAAGGGUCUGUCAACAGGCACAGGAGUCGCCUUUCUAUGACUAGUAGCACGACCAGUUUGGAUCAGAUGGCUCCGUUUGACCUCACACCCCAGACGGACUACCAAAAUUUUGAAAACCUGUACAUAGACAGGAAGUUUUUAGAGGACUCGAUCCAGCUGCGUGAGCUAUGGAAACAUAUUGCUGACCUGGACAAAGGCGUGGAGAUGCAGAGUCACAGAAUUCGUCUCCGUACUUACCAUAAAUGUAUUGUGGGAAACAAACUCGUCGACUGGCUGAUAAAGAAUGACCGAGCCGUCAGACGUGUACAGGCAGUUGUGAUUGGUCAAGCGUUACUGGAUGCUGGAUACCUAGAACCAGCCAGUGGACAGCAGCCGUUGGUGUUCCAGGAUGACUUCACAUUAUACAAACCAUCAGAGACAUCCCCAAUGGACCAGCCAGAAGAGUUCCUACCAGGGGGAGACGACUCUAGCAUUGAGAAUACGGAACCUGAGUGGUUACAGCAAAUAAAGAUGGACAGUGAUGGUGAUUCUGUGUCGGAGGAACACACCGAGAAGUUGGAAGCAUUCCAGGCCUCAGGUCGCAGAUACAAGGAUACAACUUCACUCGCCAGUUCUCGUGACAAAACAACUGCAGAUGAGGAGGAAGUUCUGGAUUUUGAACCUCUGCCAAGACAGGACAACCAUGGAACUGGAGGACAAGAGGAUAUCAUCACAGAUUCCGUGUUUACAAGUUCACAGACACAGAGUGGAAGUCACUUACUUAGUUCAUGUAGAGGUUGGCGGACUCUGGAGCAGGUCAAGGAUGAAAAUGACGAGAAGGCAUCAUACGUCACGUUGAGGUCACUACAUGAUGACCACUUGCGCGGUCUGGUCAGUCAGAUGUUGUGUGAUGAAGGUUUGUCCAAAUCAUGGAUGGACAUUGUACUAGGAACCGCCCAGAGGGUCAGCAGAUAUGUUCACCCAGAUGUCAAACAUUCAGGUGACCACAUGGACAUCAGAAGAUACAUCAAGUUCAAGAAGAUUCCAGGUGGCAACAAGGAACAGACUUGUGUUAUACACGGUCUGGUCUUCACAAAGAAUGUGGCUCACAAGAAAAUGGCACAUCAGCUGAGCAAUCCCACAAUCCUCCUCCUCAAAGGCUCCAUUGAAUACCAAAGAGUGGAGAGUAAAUUCUCCUCCCUGGAGCCUCAAAUCCUCCAGGAAGAAGAGUUCCUGAGGAAAAAUGUGUCCAAGAUAUCUUCCAUGAAACCGAAACCAGACAUUGUCGUAGUGGAGAAAUCAGUGUCCCGCCUCGCUCAGAACUUCCUUCUGGCAACUGGAAUCACACUGUUGUACAAUGUUAAGCUGGCAGUGAUGGAAAGACUAGAGAGGUUUACACAGGCCACUAUCAUCAGUUCCAUCGACGGUAUAGUCAGUGGACCCAUCAACCUGGGCUUCUGUCACAGCUUCAAAGCCUGUAACUUCAGUUUACCAUCAGGUGAAAACAAGACAAUGCUCUGUUUUGAUGGAUGUGCAACUCACCUGGGCUGUACCAUUUCAUUGAGAGGAGGGUCAAGCAGUGAAUUAAAGCGGAUAAAGAAGAUCAUGCGACAAAUUAUCUAUGCUGCAUACACUUCUCAGCUUGAAAUCUCCCUCUGUAUGGACGAGUUUGCAAUGCCUCCAGGACAUCUGGACAACUCAACAGGUGUGAUUGACAGCACAGACUCCCCUGGUGGGGUAGACAACAGUGAUGCCAUUCAGGAGUGGGUGGAGUCAACUGUAGAAGAGGGAGGAGCUAAUGAAAAUGUGGGCAGUAACAACCAAGAAAUGGGAGUGGCUAACCUUGGAGGAGUUGAUUGUGAUGAGGGCUCUGGUAUGACAUGUGAUGAUGACAACAAAUGUGACCGGUAUCCUCAGAGGAUCGCGAUAGAAAACACAGCAGAUGACUUGGAGGCGUGUUCUGAAAAUCAAAUUGACAAUGAUAUGUCUCACACCUUAGAGAGCGAAGAAAACCUUUUUUUAGAAAAAGACUUGAAAUCAUUAGUACAGGAAGGAAAAAUAACAUUCACUUUAGGAGAAAUAAAUAGUGAUAGUGAAAAGGAGAAAAAUGACAAUAAUGAACAGGAGAAAAAUGUUGAGAAUUUGGAUAAAAAAAUGGAAUUAUUAAGUAGUGAUGUAGUUGGUCGUAAAACCUCGUCGUCUGAGAUCAUAACUGAUCAGUCAGACCCUCUUCACAAUUUUGAGAAAAAUCAAGACGAUACAAUUUUUCAAAGCUCCAUUACGCUUCAAGAGAAAUCUCAGAAGCGUUAUCAAAAAUUCCGAAAACUAUUGAACGAGGUUUUGCUCAGUACUUCACCCUUUGUGAAAUACGAUGUGCCUUUUUUGGAAUCAGAAUCGGGAAGUGACUGUUGUUCCCGAAAGUAUUUUGCGCAUAUUGAUGAGCUGUACUGGUCGAGUCGCUUUGACCCGACUAGAUAUGAUGUUCGGAGGUCCCAGAAAUACCACGAAGGGGAACAGCCUCCGAAACCUCUGAUGUCGUGGUCAGACGUGGAAGUGAUGGAAGCACAUCCCUUCAUAUUGUCAGAGCUCACCUCCAUGAGUAGGAACAAAACUGAGAGCAUGCUGGCUGACUUUCGGGCUAGGGGAGGAAGGAUUGUCCUCAAGUCUACAGGGCCUAAAGACCAGAGUAACAGGACUGGUCAACAAACCACACGCUCGUCUUUCUCAGGGAAAAAAGACAGACGGAGGGACUGUCUAGACUUCCACCGACACCAGCGAUUGGCUGUUCUACUCAGUAGCCACUCGGAGAAAUCUGCCAACCAUCCAUUCCCUUGUCUUCCUCCACAGAUUGUUACCAUGGAGUUUUAUGGUAACCAGGAUAUUACACUCGGUGGAUUUCUGGAGAAGUUUUGCUUCAGAGAGUCGUACUCGCUGCAGCCCUACACAUGUCCUUCGGAGGCAUGUGACAUUCCCAUGUUGGACCAUGUACGCAGAAUCGUACACAACAAUGGUGCCAUCUAUAUUUCUCUGCGGAAGUUGAAGAACUGCGUUCCUGGAGGAGAGAGCGCCAUUAUGAUGUGGAACUGGUGCAGGAAAUGUAGACAGGCCACUCCCUUGAUGCCUAUGAGUCAGGACACGUGGAAUAUUUCCUUUGCUAAGUAUCUGGAGCUCCAUUUCUAUGGUAACAGUUUCAUGCGACGAGUGAAGUCUGAGACUUGUACACAUUCCUUACACCAGACGUUCAGCCAGUACUUUGGACACAAAAAUAUUGUCGCGACUUUCAAGUACUAUGGCAUCACCAAGCUAAAAAUAGCUCUACCACACUCAGUCAUUACCCUGGAGACAGGCUCCUACCAACAGCACUUCACACGACUGAGGGAGGAGACCAAGUACCUAGUCAGCAGAGGAACAGAUAUGUACAGUACAGUGCUGGAGUAUGUGUUGCGAAUCAAUGCUGAAAGCCAGAAUGAACUCCUGUGUCGAAUGGUGGGAGACUAUAUUACAAUGAUACAGAGUGAUAAGAGCGACAUUAGAGAGAGGGGACGAAGUGUUCUGGAGAAACUGCAGGCCUUGGAGAUCAGUCUAAAUAUCUGGGGAUCUCUGGACACCGAUGUCAGACAAAUAGACAAGGUGGGAGAAUUUUACCUGUUACAGGAUGACCUUGUCCGGGCCAAGAGGUCAUAUUCAGAUUCCAUUGCCAACUGGAAUAUUAAACUUCAAGAACUAUAUUCCCAGUACAAGAAAAGACAAUUGGUUCUCACCAAGAAGGAGAGGGAGAUGUCAACACUUCCGACCGACGAGAGUUCACAAGCCAAAUAUGCCAAAUCAAACUCGGCAUCGGAGGACGGCAGUUACCCUGGCAACGCCAGCCCCAUUGUUACCAUGGAGACGAGACACUCUAGUAAUGGAGAUGGUGGAAGCUCUAGGAAUAAUCCUCAUGUAUCUUCUGAGCCAGUCCCUAUAGAGACUAAUAUUACUGAAACACAAUAUGUGAUGAGCCCUACCCCAGGUGUGGUUCUGGGAAUAUCACCAGGCAUGGCCGCCGGUAUAACACAGGACAGUACAGCUCCUACUAACUCUGACUUCACCAGCUCUAACUCAUACAUAGUCCUACAGCUUAACAAAGAUAAUCCUGCAUCAGCUGUUGAGAGAAAGGGACACGGGGAAUCCAAGCCGUGUAGUGUUCCGACAGCCGGGAGGGAAAUAGACGAUAACGUUUCUUUGUCGGAGACAGAUGGCCAGAAACAGAAGUCUGUGAAAAGUUUCCAACAGGUUAUUUGUACCUGGCUCCUCUCAAAAGCUCUCCAGUACGUUUACAGUGUAAAAAGAAUAAUUGGUGGAUCACAUACAAUAUCAGACAUGUUUCCUGUCAGACUCAGGGUUAUCUCCCCUGGUUAUACCACUGUGAGUAUCAGACAUAUUUCCCGUCAGACUCAGGGUUGUCUCCCCUGGUUAUACCACUGUGAGUAUCAGACAUGUUUCCUGUCAGACUCAGGAUUAUCUCCCCUGGUUAUCCCACUUGAUCCGAAUGAACAUACCGUCCUGCCGUCCUGUCACCGUGUCCCGGUCCUAGUGUACGAUCAGGAGCCGAGCUCCAUCAUAGCCUACGCUCUCAGUUGCCAUGACUACCAUCAGAAGUUGCAGGAGAUCCAGACAACCAUUGGUACGUCACAACGAGAGGCUUCUUCUCAGAGCAUAUACAAGAGUACAAAAUCGGGCGAGGAUUUCUCCGACAGUGAAAGAGGGUCUCGUAAAGGAGGGACUGGGAUGCUCGCAUUUCUUCGUGGAGGAAGCAAGGAGGCCAGCCCUGUGUUACCGAGGAAAUCUAUUGAUGCCGCCGCAAUGGACUCCGUCAAGUACACUCCCAAACUGGAGGCUGAGAAUGUAGAAAUAGCAGAAGAGGAACGGGCUUUCCUGAUGUCUGCUUCGCUUUCGCUUGGGGCUGAUACAGACAAAUCUAAGGGAGGCAGGCAGUCCACUAGUCCACACCUAGAACUACAGUUUUCGGACCCAGCAGCACGUUUCUACUGUAAGGUGUAUUUUGCGGAGCAGUUUCAGCAGCUGAGGAAACUAAUCUUCCCUGCUGGGGAGGACAUGUUCAUCCGAUCCCUGAGUCGGUGUAAAGUUUGGGAGGCCAAGGGAGGUAAAUCCGGAUCUGCGUUCAGUAAAACAGAUGAUGAUAGAUUUAUCCUAAAACAGAUGUCCGGUAUAGAGGUCGACAUAUUUGAGAAAUUUGGCCCGGAAUACUUCCAGCACGUUAGCAAGUGUUAUAUGGAACAGAAGCCAACGGCUUUAGCGAAGAUUGUAGGUGUGUACAGAAUUGGAUUUCGUAAUACACAUACAAAUCGGGCGCUGAAACAAGAUUUGUUGAUCAUGGAAAACCUCUUCUACAACAGAAAAAUCUCUCAGACAUUUGACCUGAAGGGAUCCAAUAGGAAUCGUCUCGUUAACACCUCUGGUAAACGAGAAGAAGAAGUUGUGUUGCUGGAUGAAAACCUCAUGAAGUUGAGUGUCGAGUCGCCAUUGUACGUAUACCCUCACUCGAAGAUGGUUUUAAAUAUGGCUAUCAAACGAGACUCGGAGUUCCUGUCAUCAAACCUAGUCAUGGAUUACUCUCUGUUGGUCGGGCUGGACGAGAAACGUAACGAACUGGUGGUUGGAAUCAUCGAUUAUAUCAGGACUUUCACUUGGGACAAGAAAUUGGAGACAUUGAUCAAAUCCACUGGAGGCAAGAUGCCGACCGUGGUUUCCCCAGAAAUAUACCGGACACGUUUUAUGGAAGCCAUGGGGCGCUAUUUCCUUCCUGUUCCGGAUCAGUGGCACGGACUUGGCAAAGAUACUGAAUUAUGACCAGUGUUCAACAACUAGUGUGUCAACAAAAUGUGUCAAUAAUUAGUGUUGGUCAUUUGUAAUAUGAAAUAUUUAUGUAUAUAUAAUCUUGUUUUCAUAAACUGACUCUGUUGAAAAUUGAAAACAUCAAAAAUCCGAAAAUUUAUUUCACCAAAAACACUGUGUUUGCUUAUUAAGUGAAAUCAAUAGGGACAUUUAGUAGUAAAAACUGUCGCAAAACUACUUUAUGUGUGAAUCCCAUGAAAAGGUAUAAGCGGGGGAGUGAUUAAUAGAGAAAUGUUAAUUGCUGUAAAUCUUAUACAUCAACAGCUGAGCUAGGAUAUAGAGAACUUCUUUUAAUCCAGGGAGAUUAAUACUGGAUGUUUAAUACAUUUGCAGAUUUGUGCUAUUUAAUUUAUUGUUAUUUUAAAUAGAAGCAGUGGUCAUGUGAUGAUCAUGUGACAUUGAGAGUUGUAUUUAUGGUGGUCCCUACAUACAAGCGACUUAUUUGUCCCAUACCGGUAAAACCAGGGGGGACUGUAGUUUUCCUCUAUAUCCAUCCUGUACAUUGUCAGCAAUAUAGCGGCUUCAUUCCUCGAGGGAUCUUAAUCAAACCUCACACAAAUACAAAGGACCAUGAUAGUUGGGACUAGUUUGAGUUUCCGGGUUGUCAAUGGGUCAAGAUCUAUUU